AUGGGUGACACUAUAGAAGAGCAAAAGGCUAAAGAUAUUGGAAAGAUGAACUUGUCUAGGACAGCAGAUGUAGAUCCUAAAAUUAAUGAAAAAUUCAAUUCAAAGACAAUUCAUAAUUUGACCUAUGACGAAAUUAUUAAAUACAAUAAAGAGAGAAAUAAGGGUACUUUCAUCGAUCGAUCAUGGAGAGAUUAGGUCAAUGAAGAUGAUGAUUUGGAUAACCCAAACACAACAAGAUGGGAAAAAUUCAAAGCUGGGAGGUAUAACUUUGGUAAUUUUACCAGGACUUAGGCUAAAAAACUAGCUAUAAAGCAAUAAAAAGUUGAGUUUAUUGAAAAAUUAGUAAACAAUAAAAAUAAGUAUGAAGAUGAUAGAGAUAAGUUGAUUCUAAGAAACUUAGAAAUUAAGGUAAUGGCACAGUAUAACCUAUACAGGUAUGGCAUGCUUAUAAGCGCUGUAGGGUUUUGCAUUUUCAACCUAAGCAACACCAAGAAAUCUAUACAUUCAAGACUCUUUCCUGUAAUCUUCAUAGGAACUUUUGCUUCAUUUUACAAUCAUUAAGUAGGGAUGUAUGGAGUUUAUUAGAAACUUGAUAAGUUUUUAGCUUUUGUGGCAGAAAAAUAAGAUACUUAAGUUGGCUAAGAAGCAGGACAGUUUAUAAAUGAGAUGAAUUUAACUAAUAAAUAAAAAUAGGAAUUGAAGGAAAAUUAAAUUCAAGUUGCUUGA